CAGUAAGGAUAUUGUCAAUUCACCUUUAGGUGGAGUCACGAAUCAACCAGCAAGGACAUAGAUCACCGACUAGCUGCCUGCUACACACCCCGAGUAGUCUCACCAUUGCAGUCACCACUUUCACCUGAGGAAAGACAAGAGGCCGCGAGUUCUCAGUCCACAAGACCAACAUGACAACAACACAUCAGUUAAUGGCCGCCGCCUUCUGUCUGUGCGGGCUUUUGUUUCUUCUCCACGUCGACUCUGUGAACAGCAUAGAAUGUAAGAAUUGUACCUUCAGCCAACCAGUUUGCGACAACGGAGGAAGUGCGCUAUCUAUUUCGUGUUCUGGUGGCUACUGCUUGACUACCAGAUUAGUCAGUGUAACCCCCGGCGUCGACACUCAAGGUAAGAGACGUGAGUGUGGUGGCAACUCGAUCAUCAAUUUUUGCGAUUAUAUUACCAUAAGCGGAAUACGAUAUUACCGAUGCGUAAAAACCUGCCCCACUGACAACUGUAACUCUGACGUUAACGGCACAUCUGUCAUUGGCUAAAACGGACGAUGAAAGGAGGACUGCAUUUACUGAAGAAUUGAGACCACAUGAAACAAGAAACUGUUUCACUCCAACUUGUUUACUCUUGUUUAAGACUUGCUUAAGUCGUCUUGUGUCUCUAUUGUCUCAGAAAACCGAAGAAAACCAGUUGAAAAUCAAA